GCCGGGCCGUACGUUUAAUUAAUCAAAACUAAUGACAAAGUGAAAAUCGGGAAAAUGAAGUGUUUUUGCCUCCUCCUGGCUUCAGCGGCCCUGGUGCACGGUUACGCAAUCAAGGACAAUGAAAUCGAAACAUCCCGUUUGCGCACAAGUGAUGAUCUCCUGAACAGUGUUAUCAGUGAUUGUUUUGAAACGGAAUCCCCUAUGUCAUGUCUCAAAGUGAAAGUCCUGUCGUUCUUGGACACGAAACUUGGUGUAUCAUCGGAGUCUGCGAGGGCUUUGGAUGAGAAGAAUAUCGACAAAGUGAUCUUCGACCGCGUCGGAAGGAUUUUGAACCAGAAUGAGUUCAGGUUCCAACUGCCUGAGUUCAUUUUCCAGAGCGCUGAGGUUUCUUACCGCGCUGACAGAGGAUUCGACGUGGAUUUCCCUGAAACCGAUGCUGAAAAUGGCGAAGCUCGUGGCAUCCUCAAGAAGAAGCUCUUGCUGCCAGUUCUUCUCCUUCUCAAGUUGAAGAUGAAGGCGCUGAUGCCGAUCCUUGUAGCCAUCAUCGGCAUCAAAGCUGUCAAGGCUCUAAUUCUGAGCAAACUGGCCAUUACUCUUGUCGUAGGAUUCCUUGUGUACAAUCUGAUCAUGAAGAAAGGAGCCAUGCCAAUGAUGAUGGCCCCGACAGAGCCGCCUGCAGCCCAGUACGGACCCCCGGCCAAUCAAUACGGACCUCCAUCAACCCCUGCCUCAGCGCCUCAAGAUUCCUACAACCCACAAUGGGAGCCCGCCGGCUCAGGACCCUACGCAAGAGUCUGGGACCCCUCCCAACUUGCAUAUAGCUCAUACUACCCUGGUGAUUCCAGUGCGUCAUCAUCAUCCCAUCAAUCACCAAGCUACUCAAGCGUCGCCUCAAUCUCAUCAUCUUCAUCUGCCUCAUCACCCUGAACACUACCUCAUAAUUUCAUCACUGUAAAUAUGUUACGCCCUCGAACGAAACGGAUAGAGUAUAGAUAGUUAUUUAUUGACGUUAUU